AUGGAAUGUUAUUUGCCGGAUUUUGAGGAGGAAAGCGGAAGUGCUGCAGCAGCUGCUGCUUCGAAUAUGCAGCCGCAGCUGCCCCUGUUGAGAGCACGCUCGGAGCUGAUUUGUCUGUUUGAGGGCGUUUGUCAACGUCGUCCCGCAGACCUUCUGCCCAUUCUGCCCGAACUCGUCGAAGUGCUACUGGUCUGCGUGGAUCGUAUUCGGUUGAAGGAGCGUGGACUGGAUAUCACCUUCCCCGCCUUGCAGAGAUUCCGCAACGUGGACAGCCACACGAGGGCUCAAAAGAUCUGUGUUGGUGGCGCCAAUGGAUCCCUCACCUUCUUCGACUUCAAAACUGGCCGAUACUUUUAUACACAGGCUCACGACGGGUCAGUCACUGCGGUGAAGUUCAGCUCUGAUGGCCGCCAAAUGGCCUCGUACUCUCUCAACGAGAACAGACUCCGUCUUUGGCAG